ACGGCGCGGAACGGUCAAACCAAACGGAUUUUCUACAGCCCUUUGAAUCACAACCGUCUUAGCCUUUAUCAGUGUUAGUUCUUCUAACGAACUUCGAACGAUCGAAAGAAACUUUCCUUUUAACUGUAGUUAGCUAAAUUAUUCCAAAUGAAUUGGCUGUGAUCAGUGCUGUAAUAAGAAAGGAAGUUAGUUAAGUUUUCAACGAAGCUUUAAAUUGUGUUCAUGAAGUACUUAUGAGAAGAUUCGAAGAAUCGGUUCCAGGAUGGAUCAGGAAGCAUUCCUAACUCCGCGCAAAAUCUUCCAGAAUGCGUUUAACGCUGCCCGGAGGUCAACGACCGGUGCUAGUUCCCCGUCGAUUAAAGCGUACACGCCGACGUCGCUGUCCCGAACGGCCGCCGGUACCAGUAGAAUCAAUUUACUUCCGGUCAUCCAAACGCCCCCUUCGAGAAUGGUCAAGGGCAAAGUGAUAAAUCCGUUCGAAGCUCAUCUGACCGAUCGGUUGCAUCUGCCGGUGAUUUGUAGUCCUUCACUGUUUCAAAGGCCAAGCACACCUCAGAACGGGAGCGUCACACAGUUUGAAUGGACUAUCGACGAGGUGAGCUAUCUGGGACCGGCCAACGUUGAAGCGCACGAAACACAGUUUAUGGAAACACCUGACCCGGUGCUGGAAGCGAAGGCCCAGGCAGCAAUCAGUACAUAUUUCAAAGAGCAUAGCAUAGUUCCUAGUCCCAUUGAUUGUCAGCUACGCAGUCAAAAAAUAUGUUUAAAAGGCGAAUCAUCCACCGGAAAUAGCUUCAUCGGACGAAAGUCCAAACGGAGACGGGACGGAAUCACCCAAACAGUACUGACGUUUCCUCCGAAUUUGCCCAAAGAAGUUGAAGACUUGUUAGCACCCUACUUUUGUUUCCAUGAUAACCAGCAGCAAACCCAUGAAGCGAUUAACGAGUCGGACAUUAGUAUCGAUCACGAUGCCCGAGAUGCAUCGCUUCGGCGAAAGUUGUUCAAUUGCUCCAGCACUUCGACCGUUUCGGAGACCGAUCGGGAUGAUUCGUUUGAUCGCUAUGAUCUACGCUCGCUUAGUCCUGCGCCGGUCACGCCGGAAGUCGAUAGAGAAACGGUGCAAAAUUUGAAACGAUCGCGUUGCUUUGGAUCUCAGGAAAUUAAGAUCGAUCCUGGUGAUAUUUCCCUUAGUCCAGUAGUCGAUCGGGAAAAAGGCUCGUUUGGAGCUCUUUCGCCGAUUUCCAAAACCUCUUCUUCACCAUCUCCGUUGAAACCAGAUUUAAAUUCAACGGAAUUACCGGACCAUGAUGCCAUCUAUCGAAGCACACCGGAACGCUCAAAAAAUGCCAUAAUUCAGAUGAACUGCAGCGCCAACAGUCACCAUAUGUCGGUUGAUCUUGGCGAAAAACAAACCGAUAUAACGGUGGAAUUCACCGAAGAGGAUCUUUCCUACGAGGACAAUCCGCUGGGAUCAUCACAAUCGACAUCUUCGGUGUCCCAGCAUCCAACCACACCGCUGCGCCGCACACCAAGGGAAAGACGACGCAACCGGAAGAACCUGUCCCGUUCGUUUCUGAUGUACUCGGACGAGGAUCGCUUCGAAGAAGAACAGCAACUUUCACAAGAAGCAAACCACAAAAGCUUUUCCGCCAUCUGUAUCGACAAGGAGAACAUCCCCAGCAACGUUUGUCGAUACUUGGCGAAAUCUGUUCCGGAAACUGGUAACGGCGGUGUCUUCUAUCGCACGGACAGUGGGUUCAACGAGGAGGAAACACGCGCGAGUCAAGAGACUGUUGAUUAUAACGAGACUGAUGUUUCAAUGCAAUCCGAAUGCUGCGAGAUUGGCCGGCUGACACCUCAACGUUGGAAGAUGUCAUCAGCCAGUUCCGACGGACAGCAUCACACGGGUUGCUCGAUAAGACUGUAAAACAGCGAAGGUGAUUGAGAUUGUAUUUUAAGCUAGUAUAUUUUUUCAAUGAAAAGUCGUA